CGAUGCGCAUGUCUGGUCGUUUUAUUUCCUGUUGUCACCAACACUUUUAAUGUUGUGUUCUAAAGUCCCAUUCUGAUGUUGCUCUUAUCCGACACCUCGUCAGACUUUAUUGUGAAAAUGAAUAUAGUGAAAACCUGUCCAGGGGAGUACUGUGGAAGAGAGGCCAUAGAUGCAGAUUGUGGGGCCUGUCCACGGGGGUACCAGCCCAGCAGCGAGUCUACCUGGUCCGAGUGUAUUGAAUGUAAUGGGAGUCUGGCCCUACAUGACUGGCUCUAUCUCGGCUUCAUGGCGCUGUUGUCUCUAGUCCUGCACUGGUUCUUUAUCGAUUUCAAAACUCGGGGCAAAAGAUUCAGGUCUGUGUUGGUGCUGCACCUGUCGGCCUUGGUGGAGAGCGCCAUUGCUGUAGUCCUCACGUUGUUGGUGGCCGACCCAGUGGGAUCCAUGCACAUACGAUCCUGUAAUGUGAACAAGUUGUCCGAUUGGUACACCAUGCUGUACAACCCAAGCCCCAACUACACAUUCACCCUACAUUGUACACAGGAGUUGGUGUACCCACUGUACACAAUGGUAAUGGUGUAUUACGCCAUAUCUCUGGUACUACUCAUGCUAAUCCGACCAAUCAUCUCGUACAAGUUUGUGGAAAGCCGCGGCACCAAGUCAAUAUAUGCUGCCCUAUACUUCCUCCCAAUCCUCAUCGUGCUGCAGGCUGUGUUUGGAGGUCUUCUAUAUUAUGCCUUCCCCUUCAUCGUCCUGGUUGUGUCAGUCGUGACCAGCGCAGUUCAUCUAGCUUCCAUGAAGGAUCAGAAAAUGAGGGAUCUUAUAGUCGACAGUUUCACAAAUGAAAGAAAUGCAACUAUUCUGAUUGGACACUGGCUUCUCCAUGCAUAUGGAAUCAUAUCUCUCACAUUGCUGAAACAACCCGUCCAAGCCCCUCUCAUAGCCUUGGUGCCAUUCCCUGCCAUUUUCUAUGUGUUAACGGUGAGGUUCUCUAAUCCAGAUAACCUUGGAAGGACCUGAGUUCCACAGAGCUGUUGUUUGUUGGUUAUGUCACAGUGUUCUAUAGGGGGCGGUGGGGUAGCCUCAUGGUUAAGGUGUUCGCUCGUCAUGUCGAAGACCCGGGUUUGACUCCCCACAUGGGUAUAAUGUGUGAAGCCCAUUUCUGGUGUCCCCCACCAUGAUAUUGCUGGAAUAUUGCUAAAAGCGGCGUAAAGCUAGUCACUCACUCACUCAUGUUCAAUACAGCCUCGUGUCUGCAAAGAAGAAAUGGAGGUUACUCUGCAGUGAGUAACCGUGGCAACAGCAGGAACCUUGACAGUUGAUGAUCUGCAGCGAUAUUCCUGGGCUUCUCUUUAAAACUAUGGACAUGUCUUCAAGGAUUACCAUGGUUACAGAUCUCCGUAAAUUCAUCAUUCCAUGUAGCUAUGUGUGGAUGUUGUUCUGAAGCUCUGAAGAUGAAGGCAGAAAAUGAGACCAGGGUGCUAAGUUGUCUCCCUCAGUUGCCAGGAUCUGCUAGUCUGGACUGAAUGCCAAUUAUGAUCCUUGAUCUGUCUCAUUCUCUCUCUGUUCCUCACUACUCUUUCAUUAAGACAUUUUCAUUUCAAACUGUGAUAAUGUGUAUAAUUAUUUUUGUCCCACUGGAACCUUGAUGUUUUCAGUGUUGUGAAUUACUAAGGGUAAGAUAAUGCAGUAAGGAUAGACUUAGUGAUAACAUUUGCAAAUCUAGCGUGAAGGUCUUAUCACAUGGUUGGGUUAUUUCAACAUAUCUGUAAGUCUUUCUCCUUAACUAUUGGUCACAGUGAAAAGUGUUCUAACAUUUGAUUCUGAACUGCUUGAAAGGUAUAAAUAAGCAGAGGUACCAACCCAUUCAAUAAUUUUCACAUUCAUAUUGACUUUACACCAGAAAUUACUACAGUACAGACAUCUCGGUGAAAGUAUGAAUUUAUAUGGAUGUCACGACACAUAAGUUUCAUGAAUCGAUACGUAUCACGAUACCCAUGUCACGAUUUGAUACGUAACAUGAUACCUAUUUUCGGAGCAUUAUUGCAUAAAUUUAGUUACGUUUUGAACAUUAAUAUUUCAUAUUUUAUAAUUGUCCAUGAAAAGAUCUACAUUUGUGAUUCUCAUCUCAUUGUAACGUCAGGGCAGUGGGGUAGCCUAGUGGUUAAAGCGUUGGCUCGUCACGCCGAAGACCCGGGUUCGAUUCCCCACAUGGGCACAAUGUGUUAAGCCCAUUUCUGGUGUCCCCGCCGUGAUAUUGCUGGAAUAUUGCUAAAAGCGCGUAAAACUAAACUCAGUCAGUCAGUCAGUCAUUGUAACGUCAUCAAUAACACUUCCGUCCAUCAAAAUACUCAAGAUCUCUGAUUCUCAACCCAAAAAAGGUUGGGCACCUCUGGUAUAAGUACAAUUAAGCAGUGUACUAAAGUUAGCUCAGAAAGCUCAGUUAAGUCCUAGGAAGUACUAAGAAUUUGGAGGUCACAAUAUUUUGGGGAAAAGAAAGUUCACCCAAUGCGACAUCAUAGGAUAGCUUGUUAGAUCUUAAUGCAAAGAUAACAAUCUGAUCUGAAUAAGAUUGCCAGGUGACAGUGAAUUCAUUGCACCGGAAUCUCAAGUUCUGAUCGUAACAAUGAAAUGUGAUUUGUAUUUCAGAGCAUGGCCUGAGUACAUCUUGUUUAUUUCUGUUUAAAUAAAAGAAUAUUUGAACGCC